AUGGUAACAAUUCCUCUUCUAAUCCUCCUUGUACUCUGCCUUUCGAACCUCAGUCAAGGCAAUGCGGAUGUCUGCACCCAACCAAUUGAGCCAGGCGUUUGCAAAGCCCACACCAAGUCGUGGGGCUAUGAUCCUGCGAAAGGCAGCUGCGUCCGUUUCAUCUACGGCGGUUGCGGAGGCAAUGAAAAUCGGUUCAAGACCAAGAAGGAAUGCAAGCAAACAUGCAUUAAGAAACACACAAAGAAGAAGAACUAA